UUCUGUUGUGAUCAGCAGUGAUUCAUUACAGAGGCAUAGCUUCUCUCCCAUCUCUAUUGUCCCUCAGGUUUCUGUCAGAAUGAAGUAGCUUCAAACCCCACAGCAGAACUUGAUUAAGAGAUGGUUCAAGGAGAAUUGUUCUGCUCAGUAUAUCCUCAAACAUUUGAUGGCAAACACUUGUUAUUCCAAUGAACAAUUUGCCCAGAGAACUGGAAGACUAUCUCUGGAAGUGUUUAAGGUGACACUACUGUAUACUUUUCUUCACAUGAGGCACAACUUGAAAUAUUUUGAUAAAAUGAGAUGCUUGCGGAAACGAUCAGCAGUGUCAUUCUUAGGAGUCCUUGUCAUUUGCUUGCUGUUCAUGAACUUGUACAUUGAAGAUGGUUAUGUUUUGGAAGGGACAAGCAAUUAAUCAGAGGAAACAGCCACGCAUCAGCUCAACCCAGUAGCGCUAUGUUCACACUUUAAAGAUUUGUCUAAUUCUCUAGGAUCUAUAAACAUUUCCUAUCGCUACCUAGCUGGCACGCCUUUGCCAAGAAAAAGGUAUCUUACAAUUGGGCUAUCCUCUGUGAAAAGGAAAAAAGGAAACUACUUGCUUGAGACCAUCAAGUCCAUAUUUGAGCAGUCAAGUUAUGAGGAACUUAAAGAAAUUGCAGUGGUAGUGCAGCUUGCAGAUUUUGAUUCUGCCUGGUGUGAAGGAAUGGUCCAGGAUAUUUCACAGAAAUUUGCACAUCACAUAAUUGCAGGUAGACUAGUAGUUAUUCAUGUCCCUGAGGAGUAUUAUCCAGUUCUGGAUGGACUCAAGAGAAAUUACAAUGACCCAGAAGACCGUGUGAAGUUUCGAUCCAAACAAAAUGUUGAUUAUGCUUUCUGGCUAAACUUUUGUGCUAGCUUGUCUGAUUAUUAUGUGAUGCUAGAAGAUGACGUUCGCUGCUCAAAGAACUUUUUGACCACUGUUAAGAAAGUAAUUACUUCACGAGAAGGAUCCUACUGGGUGACUUUGGAAUUCUCCAAACUGGGGUAUAUUGGAAAACUUUACCAUUCCCAUGACCUUCCACGCCUGGCCCAUUUUUUGUUGAUGUUUUACCAAGAAAUGCCUUGUGAUUGGCUACUGAUCCACUUUCGUGUCUGUUAGCUCAAAAGGAAGUGGAUACGUUUCAAACCAUCACUGUUCCAGCACAUGGGAUACUACUCAUCUUACAAAGGAGCUGAAAACAAGCUGAAAGAUGAUGAUUUUGAAGAGGAAUCAUUUGAUAUCCCUGACAACCCACCUGCAAACUUGCAUACCAACAUGAAUGUAUGAAACUAUGAGGCAAGUAAGGCUUACAGCAGCAUUGAUGAGUACUUCUGGGGCAAAGCUCCUUCUACUGGGGACUUCUAUGGGAUUGUAUUUGAAAAGCCCAUUAAAAUCACUAAGAUUAAAGUUGUCACUGGAACUGAAGACCGGCAAAAUGACAUUUUGCAUCAUGGGGCCCUGGAAGUAGGAGAAAAGAUUGUAGGGAGUAAAAAAGGGAGACAAUGCACUACUUACCUGAGACUAGGGGAAUUCAAAAAUGGGAACUUUGAAAUGACAGAUGUAGAGCACAAAGUUCUGUUCAAUAUUAACUGCAUGAGAAUACUUGUUACCAAAAGUCAGAAAGAGUGGCUAAUCAUUAGGAGCAUUAGCAUUUGGACUUCUCAAACAUCAAAUCAAUAAAAAGAAGUCACCUGAGAAGGUACAGAGUGAAUACAAUCAGCUGGGUCCCAAAUGGUACCAUUUCCCAGAAACACUGACUUAUUUCCAUCUCUUUACUAGAGAAACAGUAAAUCUGGGGAAAUAAUAAAGCAAGCAAAGAAAUUUAUUUUUUACUAGUUUGGCCAGGCAAUAUGCAAAAACGUAUUUGUUGAAAGUUUUGAAUUUUAUAGGAAACAGAAAGAUCUGAAACCUCUCCUUGAGAUCUUGAACAUCUUCUUUUUAUUAUCAUUUCUCUUUUAGAGAGACAUGCUGGACUAAACAGAACAAAACAAAACAUUCUAUAAUUAUCAUAAUUUUUAAUGCUAUGACCAGUAUAUUGUGAAAAGAAAUUGGAUUCCACCAUAUGCACAUAUAAUUUAAGAAGUUAUGGUAGUAUUCAUUUGUACAAUAGUUGGUGAUGUGUUUCUUUUAAAAGCACUUGUGACAAGGAAGUCUGUCCUGAUAUUGGCAGUUUCAUUCUGAGCACUGUAAGAAAAUAGUGUGGCUAAUCAUUGCAACUUCUUUUCAAAAAGGAAUGUAUGUAGAAUUAUAAAUUUGACAUGACAACUAUGUGAACAAAUAGAUAAUUGCAUUUAUUAUUCUGUCUCAGUAAAUAAAUAUUAUUUUUUUCUGGGUCCUUUCACUAAGAGAAAUAUUUCUUGGC